CGUAACACCACAUGCCUUGGCGCACAUACCCGAGCAUCCCCUUCGAAUACACGCGACCGUCGAGGGACUGCCAAAGACGCGAUCAGGAAGGUCACUGGUCUGGGAAACUGGAAGUUGCUGUGGUCUUCGGUGGCCCGCUGCUGGUGACAGCAUAACACAGGGUGACACACUCUAUGAACGGAGGGAACGGAGGACAUUGGAGGUUGCCCUGAGCACAUAAACACAGACACGCGCACUGAUUAUCCCGCCAUGGAGAACCCCAGUAACACGCUGCUUGGUAAGGUGGCCGCGGUGGUCGUGAUCAGCAUCACGGCCGCCCUCGUGAUGCAUGUCCAAGAUCCAUCUGACACUAUCCUCGGAGUCAGCUACCCAGAAUUGUGGCGGAGGACAGGACUAGCGGGCGCGCCAGCAAGAGCCGCAACGUGCAUCCUGGCAGGAGUCUUACUCCUCACAUUGGGAUGGCUGUACAGGCUACUAUUCGCUCCUCUGGAGCUCCUGCGAACCCCCGAUGAGGUGGGCUAUAUCGCUGAGGACGGGCGUUCCCGUGCUCAAGCCGCUAAUGAGGUGAGACGGCGGCGAAAGACCGGAGAGCUGCCGCCCGUUUAUCCAAACGGAUGGUACAGAGUGCUGGAUUCUCACAUGCUAGAGAGAGGGGAUGUCAAAAACGUGACUGUGCUCGGAGAGCAGGUUGCUGUGUUCCGGGGUCUAGAUGGGAAGGCGUAUGUGGUGGACGCCUACUGCCCGCACCUGGGUGCCAACUUGGCAGUGGGAGGGCGUGUGGUGGGCGGAUGCAUCGAGUGCCCCUUCCAUGGGUGGCAGUUUCGGGGUGAGGAUGGGAAGUGUGUGAGGAUCCCGUACGCUGAGAAAGUGCCAGAGUUUGCUAAGGUGCGCUGCUGGCCCAGCUGUGAGAUUAAUGGGCAGAUCCUGGUGUGGUUCCACUGUGAUGGGGAUGAGCCCGGCUGGAGAGUGCCGGAACAGAGGGAGAUCACCCGGGGCGAAUGGGUCUACCGCGGACGCACCGAGCACUUCAUCAACGCACACAUAGAGGAGAUCCCAGAGAACGCUGCGGACAUUGCCCACCUGGCACACCUGCACACGCCUGGCAUUGUGAGCGGGGUGGACCUGCGCUACACCAACAGCAAGACCUGGGAAUUUGUACGACAUGACUGGAAGGUGGAGUGGAAGCCCGAGCCGGAGCCCAACAAGCACUGCUCCCAGAUGCUGGUGAAGCACGCACUGACCGUGUUCGGCCGCCGCUGGCCCCUGCUCGACCUGGAUGUGGUGGCGAGACAGGUGGGCCCAGGCAUUGUGUUCCUGCUCUUUGACCACAGUUUCCUGGGCCACGGGGUCAUCAUGCACUGCGUGACCCCCGUGGAGCCGCUCCUCCAGUGUGUGUCCCACACCAUCUUCUACCAGAGCAGCAUCCCCCCUCUGGUCCCCAAAUUCAUCCUACGAGCUGAGUGCAUACAGUUUGAACGAGACGUGAUGAUCUGGAACAAUAAGACGUACAUCUCCAAGCCCAUGCUGGUGAAGGAGGACUCAGCCAUUCAGAAGCACCGUCGCUGGUUCAGUCAGUUCUACAGUGACAACAGCCCCCGACUACGCUACCAGCACGACACAAUGGACUUCUGAACAUGCUCUGGAGGUGUGUGAAGGAGCCUUCCAGUGGACUCUGCAUCCCACUGGAUCCAGAUGCUGUUUGGAUGCAUUUUUACAAAAAAAAAAAAGACUUUUGAUGACUGAGGGUGAACAAAAAUUACUUGUGAAGAGGACGAUCAGAUAUCUCUAAGGGUAGAUGAGGUAGGAAAGGGUGUUCACUAGGAGUGUAACAAUGUGCCAAUGACAAAAUGCUCAAAUUAGGUGAUCUAAAAUGAAUUAUACAAUUGAGUUUCCCAUCUUAAACAUAAGAAUGUAACCAAAAAAUGUAAUUUUAGAAUGUUGCAUACCAGAGUAAAAGCACCCAGUUGUGAUUGCAUACUGCAUUGAAUUGCAAAAUCAUGAAGUUGUGCAAUUAUUAUAUUUCAAACCGUUGCACUCCUAGUAUCAGGCAUCUCCCAUAUUUGAUACCAAGUGCAAGCUUUCCUCAUGGUGGGGAUUAGGAGAGGGGGUUAAGGAUACUUUGAGAACCUAAUAGUCCUUGUUAAAGUGCCUGAGAGGCCUAAGAAUCCGUGGACUGCGAUAGCAUCUUGGCCUGUUUAAUACAAGGACGCAUCAAAGUCAGGCUCCCUUCAAGCACCAUGCUACAUGUUCAAUCUCGAAAGCCAUCCCAAAGAAACAGAUGUCAUGAAUCUGCCUGAGAAAAUCGAACAGCUUCAAAGCCAGCAGAAGAUAUCCGAAUGCCAAGAUUACCUCAACCUUCUUGCAAGCCUGAAGGACUCAUUGCACAAAACUGACACUGACCUCACAAGCUGUUUCAGCAAAAAGUGUGUGUGAGAGAGAGAGAGAGAGAGAGAGAGAGAGAGAGAGAGAAGUGGUUUGACGAUGAAUUUGUAUGUGUACGAUGUUACUGUCAAUGCUUUUGCUGUAGCUACAGGAUCAUAGGUCAUGUCAGCUAUGCAUGUCUUGUUUAUUUGUUUGAUUUUGUUCGAGCCGAAGAGGAAAACAACAUGCGUGCGCUUUGAUCUGAGCGUGUUCACUGCACUGCUGUCAUCACGCUCAGUGACCCACGACGAUGGACUCUGUUCCAUCCCGGUCCCCUGACGGCCACACCUCAGCACAGAUCUGUGAGGGGCGCUGGCACGAAAUGGGCACAGAUAAGCCUUAAAACACGACGUCAGUCAGUCCUGGGCCAUGCCCAGCAGACUGCCCCCCACUCCCCGAGUGCCCCAUAAGCCAGCAUUCUUUAACCACACCAGGCGUGUUUGUCCUGCAAAGUCAGACGUGUUUGCUGUCCAGCCCCUGGGGGGUAUGGCAUGGCACUUAUCUAGAGUUAGCAGGGCGGCUGAUAGCGGAUUGCAUUAGCCACACAGAAACCUGAUAGCGCAGGGCUAGUCCAGCGCUGGAGUGGGCACCUGAAUUGAAUUUCAGGUUAAACAUUAGUAAACUCUAUUAGGCAUGAGGCCCAUUGCUGGUCAAGAACAAAGCCUCUGGGAGACAUAUUUGCACCAUCUUAGAUUCAGAUAGAUUUAGGUAUAUAUAAAUUAGAUUUAGAUAUGCAUUACAUGGAUAAAAUAUAUGUAUUGUUGUUUGACAUAAGACAUAUAGUAAGUAGGCACAUCUUUCAUAUACAAGAAUAUUAAUCUUUGACAAUAUGAAUAUACUGGCUUUCAAUCAUUACAUGUAAUAAGAGUUAGUAUGCAUAAUGAAAUUAUAGCAACAACAAAUUUGGAGGAUGUAAAUUUAACCCCCAUAUGUUGAAAGAAAUACUACUAUAAACUAAGAGGUCAUCUUGUUGGAAAAAAGAUGGCAAAAAGAUGCACUAAUGAUGACCAGGUAAUGCUUUUGUCUUUGCUUAGUCGGAACUCUCACGGAAUUCUUGUCAGCCACUGAAAUAAGUUCAAUAAGUUAAUGUUACUUAUAAAACAAUGAAUCAAUUCAUAAUGCAAAUCUGCUUUCGGUUGAAGUUAUAGUAGUGAAAAAUGACAGAGCUUUGCAUAACACUUCCUAUCUCUUGAGUAUUAAUUCUUCUGUAUUUUCUGAGACAACUAAGGCCUCCAAAUCUAAUGUAGCUUCUUCUAAGACCUGGAUCACCUGUCAUUUGUCUUCAGCCUACACGCUGGCUGCAUCCAAAUCCCCAGCAUUUGGAGCAGGCUGGGCUAAUGGGCUAACAUAACUCACUUCGCUGCACAGGCUUCAUGCCAAUGAAUAUAAUCAAGUGGGUUGAAGAAAGGAGGGAAGAGGGGUGGAAAUCUCUUUGCCUGCUCAGCAUUCAUAGCAAUCCUUGAACUGCACUUUUAUUUCUGGAUGAACACUGGUUGGAAGAGAUAUAGAUGACCAUUUACUGUUUUGAGAUUUUUAAAAAAUGGUGCUCUGUCAUCAUAAUUGUACAGGUGUCUUUGAAAUGACUUGAGUCAUUAUGAAAAUGAGUUUCACAUAGGAUGGGCCAACCUGCUGAUCAGGCCUAUAUAGAGGAGAUAGCCAUGACGUUUGUCAAAAGCUUAUAACAUUGUUGUAUCUUGCUAAAUAGUUCUGUGUCCCACACAUUGUCAUGUUACAGUCAUUUCCAAAGUUUGUCCUUCACCUUUCAGCCACAAAAAUAAGUUGUAAGGGUGCCAUUGUUUUAUUUCUAUGAAGUUUCCAGUCAUAUUGGCUUCUUAGCUGCAAUGUUACUCAGAAACGCCAGUGAGUGAUUUAGAGAUGUUUGAAAGACUAAUAGUUGAUGGGGAAAACAGUACAAAUGCAGCUUGACUGAUAAGAAGUUUAAGUCACUGAGGCUGUUUCUUGAUUUUUGUGCUUUUGACUGUCUGUUUGAUUUUCAUCUAAUUAAAUCUGUGAAAAACUUUGUUCAUGUGAAGACUGGGUGAUGCUGUACAAAUCAAUGAUCUAAGGCUGUAAGCUGUAACUGCAUUUCUGUAAAGUGCAUUUCCAAUGUAUAUGUCUGCAUGUGUCUCUACCGAAGCAACCAGAGGACAAAACACGACUGCUCAAAUUCUCUUUAACAGCAGCCACUAUGUAGUGGCUAAUUAAGCUUGAUGGUGCAACGGGAAGAGCAUGUUCAACACAAGUCUACAUCAUUUAUGCCGCCCUCAUAGCAAUAUUUAAAACAUUUCUCUGAAAGCCUAUUAUUAUUGCAGAUUAUUUUUGUAAAAGCCUAGACAUAACAUACUAAU